ACUGACCUAAAAGACUCUGAUGUGGCUGGAUUACACUGCAUUUUGCAUGUCUUGGGUGUUAAAUGUUACUGUUUGUAUUUUGUCCACACAGGACCUUUUAUUCGAAAUGAUGAGGAGUUGAGGAUUGUGUUGGUUGGGAAGACCGGAAAUGGUAAGAGUGCCACUGGAAACACCAUCUUGGGCUGGAAGUGUUUUAAGUCAACCUUCAGUGCAGUGUCCCUCACGGUCAACUGCUCGAAGGGCAAAACCACUGUGGAUGGACAGCAGGUGGCUGUGAUUGACACCCCGGGCCGUAUCAGUUAUGCUAGUCCUGGGCCCCACGUGUUCCUGAUCAUCAUCAAGCUGGGCAGAUACACGGAAGAGGAAACAAAUUCAGUGCAGAAGAUCCAGGAGAUAUUUGGUGAGGAUGCAGACAAAUACAGCAUGGUUCUCUUCACUCAUGGUGACCAGCUCGACAACACCAUUGAGGAGUUCCUGAAGGAAAGUCCAGAACUGCAGGAACUGGUGGCCAGAUGCAACGGAGAGUACCACGUCUUCAGGAACAGGGAGAAAGAUCACACUCAGGUCACUGAGCUGCUGAAGAAGAUCAGGAAGAUAGCUGCAAAGAACGGUGGAAGCCACUACACCAACAAGAUGUUCCAAGAGUCAGAGAGGAAAAUUGAAGAGGAGAAGCAACGGCUUCUGGAGGAGGACAAGGAGAAAAUACGUAAAGAGAAAGAGGAGCUGGAAAAUCAAAUACGGGCGAAGUAUGAUGAACAGAUGAAGAAACUGGCUGAGCAAUUCCAGGCUGAGAGAGAGAGGGAGAGGAGAGAGAGGGACACCGAAAGGAAGAAGGAGAGAGAUGAGAGAGAUGCAGAGAGAAAGAGAGAUAGAGAAGAGAAGGAAAGAAUGAUGGAAAAAAUGAGGGAGCAGCAGGAGGAGUUGAAAGACAAAAUGAAGCAGUUGGAGAUACAAUUUGAAUACGAAAAGAGACAACAAGCUGAGAACAGAAAUCUUUUUCGUCCUCCCCCAUGUUCUAUUUUCUGAAGUUAGCUGAGCUACUCAACACCGCCACCUUGUGUCUUGUUCAUGUGGAUGUUUCAAGCAACAAAUCAAGUGUGCAGAUGAGCAGUUUGUAACAACAACAGAAUCAGUACUAAGAGCUUUUAUGGACCUAAAAGUAGUAAAACCACAUUGUAGAAA